AUGGCCACCGCGGGCCAGUUUGGUGAGAUACCUUUGGAAUGCACCUACUGGUCUCCCAUCGAAACAGGCCUACCGGCUCCCGGGCCUGUCUAUCUACCUCCCCCGGAAUUUAUAGGGGUAUUUCUGCCCCCGCCGGUUCCCGUGCUGGAAGUUUCAGACCCACUGACUCCAUAUGACAUCGACCCGGCUGCGAGUGCUGCCCGACUCCAGAAGCUCCUGCGUCUUCCCCCAUCGUACCCAUGGACUCCUGGUCCUACACUUCCCACGGAUGACGUGGCAUACGGCCGUGGGUUUGGCUACACAACGCCACCACUACCACUUUGGCUGAAACCAGCGUUUGUUUAUGGCACUGCUCCGAACAUGUACGUGCCACGCCCAACCCUGGAGCCAAUAGUCCCUGCAGCCACACCUUCCGCAAGCCCUGCUUGGACUCCGCCUCCACCGGUGCGACGUCACAUGCCACACUUCCGGAAUGGUCCGACGCCUCCGCCACCAGGCGGACGACGUACGCGGGAAGGCAUGCGUCCCCCGUCGAGUCAGACUACCGAGACACCAGUCGGAGCCAGCGACUCCGGCGAAUUUUCGCCAGACCUGCCGGCUGAACCGGAUUCUGAGAUCGCUGACCAGCUUUUGCAGAAGAAAAAAAAAGCUGCCUCCAAGGCAGGCCAGCCGGUAAGUGAAACCACUGAUCCGGCAAAGGAAUCGGCCGAGAAGCUGGUUGCAAGCCAGGCCAGCAACCAUACAGGCGCGCGCCCGAAGGUUACCUGCGUCUAUAGUGCCAUUGCGUUGAAAAGCCUGAACGUGGGAGGAUGCGAGCAUGUCUCACCGAGUGGGGAGAGGGCCACCUUAUCAGAGCCCCGCAUCGAGUACUGCUGGCCCGAUGAAACUCCCACUGAGCAAGAAGAGGAGCCUGUGGCUUAUCUUCGGGCCGCUGAGGCGAAGCCGACUGAGCCGCCACGUGCCAAGUCAAGUAUGCAAGAUCGCGGCCGUAAGCUGGGCUCGCCACGUGACCGUGGUCCGCGACGCCACUACUCGGUAACUGCUUGGUGA